AAGAACAUUAAAUGAUAAGCUGUUUCGGUCAACCAGAGGCUACAGUCGACUUUCAUCAGUGAUCACCAAGGAUACGCGCCCGUGCGUGUAGGAGAUGAGCAGUCCCGAUGCGGGUUACGCCAGUGACGACCCGAACCAGACCCGAGGCACUAGCUCAGUCUUGAUGUCUGGCAUGAGGCAGUGCGCGUGGGUGGACCCGCUCAGUCCGCUUUCUGACACGAAAGCAAAACACGAGGCGUGUUCUUCAGCGGGUCCGGGGCGCGGAAAGAGCGAGCCGCGCAUCCGCAGGCCGAUGAAUGCAUUUAUGGUGUGGGCGAAAGAUGAACGCAAGAGGCUUGCGCAGCAAAACCCAGAUCUGCACAAUGCAGAGCUGAGUAAAAUGCUUGGUAAGUCAUGGAAAGCUUUACCAAUAGUGGACAAACGUCCAUUUGUUGAGGAGGCGGAACGUCUCCGAGUGAAACAUAUGCAAGACCACCCAAACUACAAAUAUCGGCCACGGCGUCGUAAAAAGGUGAAACGACAUAAACGACUGGACUCCAGCUUUGUGCUUCAUGGGGAGGGGGAUGCUCAGAACCCUCUGGGCAUGGAGGGCAUGAGUGUUGGAUAUUCAGAACUGCCCCAAGCUAGGCUGCCUCUAUACUGUGAGACCCAGACUUUGUUUGAGCCCUACAGCUUGCCUCCACCCGACCCCUCUUCUAUGGACGAGUUUUUUGCCCAUCUUCAGGACAAUCAACAUCAGUCAGCAUACAGCUACUAUAACCACCAAGAGCACCACUUUCAGGAAAACACAAACAUUCUCAGCAACAUGCAUGGUCAUACUAGCAUGAAAUCACUCACAAACGCACAUUUUCACAGCAUUACUCACUGCAACAUCAACACACACACCGAUCCUAACUCACACACUUCCAGCAAUACACAGUUUAAUAUAAUGAACAAUGCUCACCCACAGCAAACUCUUAAUGAGAGUACCAAACCACAAACCAGUCACAGUUCUGGUACACAUCUUAAUUCCAUCACCCACCCGAUAUCUCACACCAUCAUUAACAAAAGCUCUUCUUCUCAUCAAGCCAUGCCUCCUGAUUACCUGAAUUGUCCUUCAACUUUAGAUGACCAUUAUAGGUCCAACUCUCAGUUGAAGCGUCCUUAUGAGGAAUUGUCACUGCCUGUUGACCGUCACACAUAUAAGCACAGCAUUCCUGAGCCACACUCACAGGCCCCUGCAGCAGCUCAGAUUCAAGGUUCUAGUGAAAUGGUGGAUGAAGUGGAGUUUGAGCAAUGCCUCGCUUAUGGGGUCCCCCAUGUACCUUUGCAGGGGUCCAACCUAAUCUCAACUGUACUGUCUGAUGCUAGCACUGCUGUGUACUACUGUGGCUAUAGUAAUUACUGAGGAGAUGUUAUGUUCUUUUUGAUAAAACCUGAAUCACACAUAUUUUCAUUGUAACCCCAGACACUGAUUAUUU